AAAUGAAGAGAAAAAAACCAAAGCCCAUAAAAGAUAUCAUCUCCCCAAAGGCCCAAUUCCAUCACUUCCCGACAUUCUUCAAGAUCAACCCACCGUUGUUGAUGGCGAAUCCUCCUCCACCCAUCUCUCUCUCUCUCUCUCUCUCUCUCUCUCUCUCUCUCUCUGCGCAUAACCGACGACGAAAGGGCCAAUACCAGAGCAAAGCACAGGCACAGCAAAUGAGGAACGGCGAUUCGCCGCUCCUUGCGAGAGCAACGAUCGGGAUCAUCUGGGCGGCCGCGAUGCUGUGCACGUGCCACUCGCGGGCCGACCUCCACCCCCUGAUCGUCGUCCCGGGGAGCGGCGGCAACCGGCUGGAGGCGCGGCUGACGGGGGAGUACAAGUCCUCGAGCUUGCUAUGCAGCCGGCUGUUCCCGCCGGUCCGGGACCGGGACGGGUGGUUCCGGCUGUGGUUCGAGCCGAGCGUGCUCCUCGCCCCGUUCACCAAGUGCUUCGCAGACCGGAUGACGCUCUACUACGACCCGGGGUCGGACGACUACUACAACGCCCCCGGGGUCGAGACCCGGGUGAGCCGGUUCGGUUCCACGGAGUCGCUCCGCUACCUCGAUCCCCAUCUCAAGCAAGCCACAUCAUACAUGGCAACUCUAGUUGAAUCCCUCCAAAAGGUUGGGUAUGUCGACGGCAAAACCCUAUUUGGAGCUCCUUACGACUUCCGGUACGGCUUAGCUGCCGAUGGCCACCCGUCUCGCGUCGGCUCCAAGUUCUUACGGGACCUCAAGGACCUAAUCGAAAAGGCUACGGCAUCCAAUAAAGGCAAACCGGUAAUCCUCCUCUCUCACAGCCUCGGAGGCCUCUUCGCCCUCGAACUUCUCAACCGAAACCCUAGCUCGUGGCUUCGAAGGCACAUCAAGCACUUCAUUGCCCUUUCUGCCCCAUGGGGCGGCAGCAUCGAUGAAUUACUCACCUUCGCCUCUGGCAACACCCUCGGAGUUCCCUUGGUAGAUCCGUUGAUAGUACGCGAAGAACAAAGGAGGUCCGAGAGCAAUUUAUGGCUCCUUCCAUCCCCAAAAGUUUUCGACAUCGAAAAGCCACUCGUGAUCUCUCCAUUUGCAAACUAUACGGUUGGCAACAUUGUGCAGUUUCUAAACGAUAUCGGGUUUCCAGAGGGAGUCCAACCGUAUAAAUCAAGGAUCUUGCCACUCAUAGAGAGACUGGCAGUCCCAGAGGUGCCGGUGACGUGCGUGUUCGGCUCAAACGUGAAGACACCGGAGAAGCUAAUAUAUAGAAGCAAGGCUGAGGGCUUUGAUGAGCAACCGGAGGUGGUAUAUGGCGACGGAGACGGUACGGUAAACAUGGCAAGCUUGUUAGGGCUCGAGUCUUUGUGGAAGGAAAAUCGGAAACAACAAUUCAAGGUGGUUACGAUUCGUGGAGUUUCGCAUAUGUCGAUAUUGAAAGAAGAAAUUGCCCUUCAGGAAAUUGUUCAAGAGAUCGUGAAUGUACAUGCAAAUCACAUAGAAAGCUCAAAUGUGCAGAGAUGAGAGUUAUAUGUAAAAUGCAUGUGUGUACUUAAUUGGGCAUACCCGUCAAGAAGACGUGAGUUGAAAUUAUUAGGCUCAUUUGAAACUCUGAUGUACUCUUGUAGAUGAAUAAGUCCAAUACAUAGAUUUUUAUCCA